AUGACAGAUAAUAAUACUUCUAAUAAUAAUAAUAAUACUAAAAAUGAACAACAACAAGAACAUCAACAACAUCAACAUCAACAAAAACCAAAAGGAUUUAUUAGAAGUUUAUUGGAUGGUAAUUUGAAUAAUGUAGAGGUUAAAAUACCUGUAUUCAUACAAAAGGAUAUGCCAUUGUCAACAUUUAUGCUUACUGCUGGAGCAGUCACUGGUAUUGGUUUCAUGGCUGGUGUAUUUCUAGGUUUUAGAAGAAGUAGAAGAGGUAAUACUACACGUCAACAAACAAUGGCUACUCCUUCUGCUGUAGCAUUUUCUCUCAAAGCAUUGGCAAUGGGUACAUUGUUGAGUGUUGGUUCAUCUGCCGCAAUGGUCUAUGCUUUUAAAACAUUUUAUAAUAUUAAUACUGUUGAUGAAUUUGGACAAUUUAUGAAUAGAAAGCUGGGAGCUAAAACAACAGAACAAAAGUUUGAAGAGGCAAACAAAGGUAUCGACAUGUCACGAUACGAUGAUAUUAGUGAUGAUGAAGAUGCAAUGGAAGCAGUCACCGCAUUUUUUGGUGAAUAA